GACGAUUUAGUUGCUAAAACUGCCACACAAGUUAGCCGGAGCGCCUUAAGUCAAUUUUCAUCGCGCAAACUCCGGAAAAAUAAUAAACAAAAGGAGCGAUGGAUCUUUUCCACCGAAGCUGUACGAUAAUGUGUCGCAUCGUGUCUCUGCUUGUUUGAGUGGUUAUACGCGUGAAACAUCAUCGCGGGUUAAAAAUGACAGAAAGUGGCACGACUAGAAUGAAGCGCAACGGCGCUCGUCUUUUUAAAAACCCUCCUCAGCCUCAUAUGUGCAUCCAAGACUUUAUACAGGGUACCGCCGUUCCAUGCUACGUAAACGUUUUAUCUUGGGAAAAGAUUGCCAAGCCGUUGUUACCAACUCUGCCUGUACAGUUUUACGGAGGAAUGAGAGUCAGACCGCCACGUACGAAAGCAGAGGCUGUGGUAUUCGCUGUGAUGGCUAAUCCCGAAGUUCUUCGGGUGAACGGGAAAAACGCUCGAGAUCCAAAGAAACAAGCCGGCUUAAUAGAACUUUUACUAGACUUCGUGGAAAGGAUGAACGCAGGCAUAGUGUUCACGCGGCAGUACACGAUACUGAAAGACAGAGACAUUACCGGGGAAUUGAAAGACGUAUGGAACGCGGUACAAGCGAGGCGAGACAUGGAGCAGUCUGCACCGCAACAGGAGACUUGGAUCGACGCGCAGCCACCUGUUCCGCAGUAUCCUCAAUACCAAGAGCAUCAGCAACAGGACUACACCUCGCAACCGCCACAGUAUCAUUCGAGCGUAGCGUACGGUAGAAUGAGCAACGAGGGUAUGCACUAUGAAGGAUACCAUCAACCUCAAAAUCCGAUGAUCACGCAGAACGAUCAGAUGUACCAGUCGGGACAGUCGGUACCGCAGCAGUACCAAGGAAACGUUUCUCGGAUGGCACCGAUCGGUUCCAGAGUUUGUAGGGACAAUAUGGCACAGGAUAUCAUGCAACAAAACUGCCCUGCGUAUCCAGCGCCCCAAUACCAGUUCCAACAGUUACCUAGGCAGAUGGUGCCGCAGUAUGUAAACUCGAACGUUCAUCCUAACGCUGCCCUUAAUUACGGACCAGCCGCGAACACGAACGUGAAUCCGGGUAUGAACACCAAUUUGGCGCCACCGUUUCAACCUUAUAUAACUUAUCAACAACGGAUGGACAACGCGAUGCACAUCGAUAUGCGUAGAAUGCAACCACAGCAACAACAAAUACAUUUAAAUCAUGUGCAACCGGUCCCUCAGUAUGAACUGGUGUCGUCUUACGGUGUUGAAUUGAAUCAGAAGCCGAUGAACGUCCUACGGUUAGGCAGACCGCACAUGGGCGUCGCGCAGAAGAACAACGCGAGCAAAAGACAAGUGAAUUCGCCCACCCAUUCGAAACAGUCUUCCUUACAGUGUAUAAACUGCCAGAACAAGAUUGCAUCCGAUAAUGGCACGAAACCAAAGAGUCCUGUUAAAGUCUUGCAGCGGGAGGUACCGUCGAACGAUCGGCAGGACGCGAACAAUCACAUAUCCGCUGAGACCAAUAAAGUCACUACCGAGAAAAGUUCACCCGAAGAAACGAAAUGCGUGCAGGUUACGGAUUUGGACGAAGAAGUUAAGAAAAGUAACGAUUCCGAUGGUGAAAUCUCUGACGGAUCUAGGACAUCAAAUGAUAUUGUUCAUAGUUUAGAAUCUACGUCGAACGCGGGACGAGAAGCGGCGAAUUCUGAAGAGACGCCGCCUGCGCCAGAAGAGAAGCAGCAGGAUGUAAAAAACUCGGAAGUACCUAAUGGACAGAACUCGUCCGAUCAGAAACAUCCAAAGUCAAAGGGUGUCGUAGUGAAAGGAAACAAGCAGAAGGAGAACACAGAGAACAACAGAACGAUUCGUAUUAGAUUCGUUAACGACCAGAAGAAUGAGAGUCCGAAACGUUCUCAGACGACGGUCAAUAGCAUCAUCAAGAGCGUGUUCAAAAUUCAUCCGGGCGUAUCUGGCGAAGAGACGUCGGGCAAGAGAAAAACGAACGGACAGGCUAAGAAUAAUGCUAAGAUUAACGGCGAGAACGAAGAUACACAGCAGGGGUACACGAUAUUAAAGAAAACGGAAUCGACCGCGCAGGAAGAGGUCGCGACCGAAUUAGCUCAAUUAUCAAUUCAAGACUGCAAAGACGUGGCCGAAGUUAGUCCCGUACUCUCGUGAUAUCCUAGUUUGUAGUUGGUACCAAGUGCUGGCGCUCAGCUAACGACCGACGAAUUCAUUGUAAAUAGAUAGGACAUUAACUGAUAAAAAAUAAAAAGAAUCAGAAUUGAGAAACGAACGCCGAAGAGAGGGACACGAAACCACGAUGCACACCACUACCGUAAUCGUACCAAAAUAUCAGAAUGCGCUUUCUGCUGACCACCGUUUAUUUUUCGACGAAUCCAUUCGUCUUCCUUCGCAUAAUUUUUUGACAACACGGAUCACAGUAAGAAGUUUUUUCAAACGUGAAACCGGAUGUUUUAAAAUAUACCUAAGUACAUUCUGCGGACAUGCGCAGCCUUAACGAUUUAAGAAGCUUUUAAAGAUGGAUCUCGACAGGAUCGACGCACUGAAAAGUGAAUCUUUCAGUAAAGUGAUACGCAUUAAAUAAUAAACAAUAAAGUUAACACGUGUUCGUACAAGUUCGAAGUGUCGACAAGAAGCCCAUGCGUAUGCAUACACGUUCGUGAAGAACGUGAUUCAAUUACCAGUAAAUGCCUAUCGAUAAUCUACGAGUGAGAACAAACUGAUAUUAAACUGCAUAAAAUAGUGAUACGCUACGUCAACGAAACUACAGAGGCGUUAUCGACGUUCCCCGCGCUGGUGCUGCACGAAAAUCAAUUGCGAGCUUUCGAUUUUGGAUUUGACUAGGCGCACGUCUGGAAUACAAGUACAGUUUCGAGUUUCAAUUAGAGGAGGAAGACCGAUAGUAACAACGCCUGGUAUCUCAGUAACGCAUAUGUAAUUCAAACGGGAAGUGAGUCGAGAACUGGUCGUCGUGUACUUAUCUACAACGGAAUUAGACGAAUUUUAGUGUCGGUGUGGAUGCAAAAAAAUCCGUACACAAUAACAAUAAUAUCAUGGAUUCUAGUGAGUAAUUAGAUUUUCGAGAGUAGCUGAACAGAUACGCGCGUUCUCGUCUACGCGAUAGUGCUUCCUUACGAGGACCUUUCGCCUCCUUUAUUUUUCAUACUCGUACCGUAAGAUCUCACACGCGUAGGAUGAGAUUAAUUAAUUUUGCAUUCUAAGAUUAGGAGAAGUAACGAAGCGUCGAUUCAGUACGUUCAUUGAUUGUCUCUAACGUAUGCCAUAGUUUGAUAGUCGAAUGAAGAAACACAGGGCUGCCAAACCUCCAUUACGGGGGCGAUUAUUAUAAAAAGACGAUUUAUUGAUUGACCAGAACUUCUUUCUCGUUGAUUCGACGCACGCUUUUAACUUGCCACGGGGCGAGUAUCGUAGAAGUGUAGGAACGGUCAAUGGUCUGGUGUGAUUGAGAGAUCGGACGGUCAAUUAAUAAACUCAGCUUCCAAGGCGUGCACGAAUAUCAUCGACACAUUACUUUUUAAUAGCCACGAGGCCUCUGUAAAUUCGACGUGCCGUUUUGCAUUUUAAACAUACAAAGCAUCGCUGCCACGCGGAACGACGUCGUCUCGCUAUCCAUUUAUUUAACGUUUGUCCGUCAAAUCGGUAAAUUGCGAAUUACUCGCUUCGAUAUUUUAAAGUACCCCAUACUAAUGUACCUCGUGAUUCGUUUUUUUUUUUAAAUGAAACCAAAAGGAAACGAAGUGCAAGCAACGUCAGCGUGAAUCUCGGUACCCGCUUUGUCGUCCUCUCAAUUUAUUUUCCUUUUAUACGUUUCCAGGCAGACUGCCUGUAUCUUUUUUUUAUUUUGUUUAAUAUAUUCGAGGUGCUUCGUUUAGUAAGGCUAAGAUCUCAGCUCGUGAACAUUAUUAAAUUUAAUCAUAGAGCAGGUGGGAAAGGACCAAUCCGCAAAACCAGGGUGCAAUUUAACGAUUUCCAGAUGUCUGGAAAUAAUUCCUAAUACGAGCUGGUUCUCGAGUGGAAAAAUGUGCUCGGUCAUUUUUGUUUAUCUUUCUUUUUUUUCUUUUCGCUUUUCCUCGAUCUUCCAUCGUGUUCCGCGAACGGAACUUCCGACAGGGAAAAAAUUAUCGCGUGCUAACAAGCAAGUAGGACGUUUUCACGUUGUGCGUGCGCUAGACAAUUAUAUAUUAUACAUAUAUAAAAAAAAAUCCACGCAUAUGCAUGUACACCGAUAUAUACACGAGAGGCUUUUUCCUUGUUUUAUAUAAUGUAAACGUUGCGUGCUGAAAGCAAGGCGCUACGCGUUUCAAAUUAUCUAUUUUAUUAUUUUUCAAAAGGAUAAAGAGAAAGAAAUUUAAAUUUUAUAUGAAUCAGCGCCGCGGCGCGUAUUACUUUUUUUUUUUUAAACAAAAACGAGCGAUUUGUCGUAAUUAUUUUAGCAGUAAGUCUUAAAUUGAUCAUUCCCCAAUCGUUCCCUUAUUUUUUAUUUCGUUCGAUCAAUUUCAGGAACAGCAGAUGAUUUCAUAUACGUAAUACAGAGGAGCGGAUCUUAACGUGAUUAAAAAUCGUUUUGCGACGGUCUGUUUAGUUAAUUUCUUCUUCUUCAAUGCUUAAACUGGGAGACCGUCGGAGAUGUUAAAUUUAUCUUAUUUAUUUUAUCAUGUUAAUCAUUUACAACUGCCUCUCGCUUUCCAUUCUUUUCUUUUAAUUCGAUCGCAGUUCUGUGCGGUUUGGCCCCUUCCUUUUUUGCCACACAUCCCCAAAGUCCCUCCUCUCAUUAUUGUUAAUAAUAUGUAUUCAGUAUUCGUGUUAUUUUUUAGAUUAUAUUAUUAUUAUUAUUAUUAUCAGGUAUAUUUUGGUUUAUUAUAUCAUUAUUACCAUGAACAAUGUAAUCUAUUAUUAUUCUACAAUACAUGGUUUUUCCAAAGCUC